AUGACACAAUCAAUCCUCACCACCACCCAAGACGGCAUCACAACCAUCACCAUCAACCGCCCCCACCGCCGCAACGCCGUCGACCCCCCAACCGCCAAAGCCCUCUACAACGCCCUCCUAGCCUUCGACGCCGACCCCGCCCAGAAAAUCUGCAUCCUCACCGGCGCCGGCGCUGACCUCCACGCGGUCGCCGCAGCCGGGACCGGAUCCUCACCAUCCACACUAAGCACCCAGGAGAACCUCCAGCCUGUCCCUGUCGCGUCCGGCAAAAAUGAGCAGGUCCCAUCCCUAGGACCAAUGGGUCCUACCCGGCUACACUUAUCCAAACCCCUUAUCGCAGCGAUAGCCGGCCACGCCGUCGCAGGCGGGCUGGAGCUCGCGCUGCUGGCUGACCUGCGCGUCGUCGAGGAGGAUGCCGUCCUCGGUGUCUUCUGUCGGCGGUGGGGUGUCCCGCUCAUCGACGGCGGGACGGUACGGCUGCAGGCGAUUGUGGGGUUGGGACGAGCUUUGGAUCUGAUUCUCACUGGGCGGGGGGUCGGGGCGCGCGAGGCGCUGGACAUGGGGCUGGUGAGUCGGGUCGUUGCGAGGGGGAAGGCGGUGGAGGAGGCGAUGGUGUUGGCGAGGGACUUGAUGCGGUUUCCGGAGAGGUGUAUGAAUGUUGACCGGGGGAGCUGCUAUUAUAGUGCGUAUGCCGCGGGAUCGAUGGAGGAUGCGCUGCGGAGGGAGUUUGAGAUGGGGUCCAAGGUGUUGGCGACGGAGAGUGUGCGGGGGGCGACGAGGUUUAGGGAUGGGGAGGGGCGACAUGGGCGCUUUGAGAAGUUGUAG